AUGCUGAAGAAUAGCCAAGUGCAUCUCAUUGCGGGUUCAAAAGGCAAGAAAAAGGAACUAACGGUCGAAGAAAAAGUGAAUGAUGGUUCCUGGAAAAUGAUUCGUUUACGAUCAAAGCGACGUGCGGUGAAGCUGACAGUGGAAAAAUGCGACGAAGCUGGAUUCUGUGAACAAUGCAAAAACAAUCGUUGCGUAGCUAUUGCGAGUGAUUUUGAGUAA